CGGCUCUGCGCUCACCUACUGCCCAAGCCUCCAGCUCCUGCCCCAGGACCCCCAGCGGGACCCCAGUCCAUCCCAGACUCAGCCCCAGCUCAGACAGCGUGCAAGGCCGCCAGGGGGCGCCGUGUGAGCGCCCUAUCUUGGCCACCCGGCGCCCCCUCCCACGGCCCAGGCGGGACGGGACGGGGGCGCCGGGGGCCAUGCGGGGCCAGGGCCGCAAGGAGAGUUUGUCCGAUUCCCGAGACCUGGACGGAUCCUAUGACCAGCUCACAGGCCACCCUCCAGGGCCCACUAAAAAAGCGCUGAAGCAGCGGUUCCUCAAGCUGCUGCCUUGCUGCGGGCCCCAGGCCCUGCCCUCAGUCAGUGAAACAUUAGCAGUCCCAGCUUCCCUCCGCCCCCACAGACCCCGCCCGCUGGACCCAGACAGCGUGGAGGAUGAGUUUGAACUGUCCACGGUGUGUCACCGGCCAGAGGGUCUGGAGCAGCUGCAGGAGCAAACCAAGUUCACACGCAAGGAAUUGCAAGUCCUGUACCGGGGCUUCAAGAAUGAAUGUCCCAGUGGAAUUGUCAAUGAGGAGAACUUCAAGCAGAUUUACUCUCAGUUCUUUCCUCAAGGAGACUCCAGCACAUAUGCUACUUUUCUCUUCAAUGCCUUUGACACCAACCAUGAUGGCUCCGUCAGUUUUGAGGACUUUGUGGCUGGUUUGUCGGUGAUUCUUCGGGGAACCAUAGACGACAGACUAAACUGGGCCUUCAACUUGUAUGACCUCAACAAGGAUGGCUGCAUCACCAAGGAGGAAAUGCUUGAUAUCAUGAAAUCCAUCUAUGACAUGAUGGGCAAGUAUACUUAUCCUGCACUUCGAGAGGAGGCCCCAAGGGAGCACGUGGAGAGCUUCUUCCAGAAGAUGGACAGGAACAAGGAUGGCGUGGUGACCAUUGAGGAAUUCAUUGAGUCUUGCCAAAAGGACGAGAACAUCAUGAGGUCCAUGCAGCUCUUUGACAAUGUCAUCUAACUCCCCAGGAAAGGGGGUCAGUUGCCCUGGGGGGACUAUACUCUAGCCCUAGUCCAGGUGGAACUCACCCUUCUCUUCCCAGGUCUGUCCUCAUCCUAGCUGGGCCCUGGGGGCUGUAGGAAUCUAAGAGUCUGGGGAUUCAGUGGUCCAGAUUGCUGGAGCUAAAGGGGCCAGGGCAUGGGCAGAGUGUAUCUGUGGGGUGUUCCCAACUCCCAACAGCUCCCACCCCCUUCCUGCCUGAUACUCAGUGCUAAGGGUACCCCUGUUAUAGGAAAUAAAUGGUUCUCCACUUUCCAUCCCCACUCUAGAAACUACAACACUAGACAAAAUGUCUCCUGGUAUGGUGCUUUCCCUAUCCCUGAUCUCAUAUGCAUUUCCUCUAAGAUUUCCUUCUCAGAGAGUCUGUUCUGUCUAUGGCACUGACUGGCCUUCCAGACCAGGGCCUUUGAGAGCCUUAUAGGAGGGGGGACAAGAAUGGAGAGGGAGAAAUCUUAGGCCUGAGCCAGGUGGUUAGGUCAUAGGUGGCUGGGGUAAAGUGCAGAAAGGCCUGGAGAUUGUCAGUGACAGCUCAGGCAUGCCAGACCAUAGCUCUGAGCUCCAUAGGUCUACCACCCCCAGGCUAUCAGAAUUUGGGUCCCAGGCCCUUCAGAAGACUCUGUCUCCUUGGAAAUGCCCCAGAAAUUUCCAUACUCUCCUCAGUAUUCCAGGAGAGCCUGGGAUCCUGAUGUCUGGCUCAUGGCUGGAAUUCCUUCCUUCCUGUUUGUGUGGGUGGUGGCAGCAGCAGGGGAAUAUGGGUGGGAGAUGUCCCAGCUGAUACCUGCCAAAGUUUCAGCCUACCCUCUCUGAAGUCUACAACUUAAGUUUUCAUUUACCAGUUCUUCUAGACUUGGAGGCAUGGAGUGAGUCAGGGACCAUCCAGUGGAUGCCUUAGAAGAAAGGGGAAGGAGGGAGGCAGGCAUAGCAUCUGAACUCUGUGAGGGGGCAUUCACUAGAAUCUUUGAUCUACCCAGGCUCUAUUCCAACCCCCCACGUAGUCUCCUCAAUUCCUACUUAGGGUCUUCUUUUGCUCUAUUCAGUCUACCCAGAGAUGCCCCCGUACGCAUCUAGAAGGCAGGGACCACUCUUGCCAUGCUGCCACCCUUUAACAUACCUGCUCGUUCCAUUUAGCUCACCCUCCCAGUCAGUCAGGAUCUGAGGGGAAGGGCCCUGAGGGAGCCCCCUUUCCCAUCAGAACACUGUUGACUGCUUUGCAUUUUUGGCUCCUCUGUAUAUUUUGUAAAAUAAAAAAAUACACCAAUCCAAUAAAACACAAUGGCUAUGCACA